CCUGACCCCUUAUGUCGUCAAAACUAGGCAUGACAAGUGGGUCAAUUGACCGAUCAAUCGGCUGCAUGUUUUUGACUGGUCAAAAAUAUAGCAACUUUACAAAAAAAAAAAAAAAACUACUUUUUUUUUUUUGUAGUUUGUCUUGGCAGAAAUAUAAUUUUUUGAAUUGUUUAUUGACACAUUUAAUGGAAGAUUUGGGCUUUUUCUGUGAUGUUUGGACCUGUUGGCAAUUAAACAAAAAAAAAAAAAAGACUGGUAUUUGAUAAUUGGUAUUUGGUAACUGACCAAACCUUUAUUUGACCAGUCAAAUACGUGACCCUAGUCAAAACCCAAGUGAAAAUGUAGAUCCUUGAGCCUGUUCUGUAUUUCCCACCUAAUAGAAUGAGAGAAGGGAGAAAUGCAUGUUGUUCAUGUUCUCCCACAAUGAGCAAGUGUCACUAACCUUUCCCUGCCCAGUCACGAGCCUGCGUGUUGGCUUUUUCCGUUAGAUCUUUUGCAAAAGAGUGGGUUGUGUCUCUCAAUACCUUUGCACGUGGGUUCUAAUGCAGCAUAAGCAGAUGAGCAAUCACGGGCCAUGCUUGGCUUCUCAUGGUCACGCUUCUGCUAGCUUGGCUGAUGACUGCCUGUGCCUGGAAGGUUGUGCUUUUGUUGUUGCCUAGUGGGGAACCUGAUCAGGGCUGUAUGCAGGCUGGACACUUGCGGAGCAAUGGCUCAAGUGGAACUGCUCUGGGCCGCAGCGUCCUUGAUGCUGCUUGGAGCUCUAGUGGGCAUGUGCAUGAAGUGUCAGCAGUCCGCUGGUAAACGGGAAAAUAAACAGCUGCAUCAGCAAAGGGGUUGGCGUGGAAACCGGCAGACAUUUGAGGUGAUUCGGACCUACUCAAUUCCAACGACAAGGCUUGAACAAUUUAAGUCACCGGACAGCGAUCCAGUUAUACGAAGAUCCAAGGAGCUCCCAACCUCGGAUCUUGACAGAGCUAGCCAGGAUUGCGAGGCUGUCUAUGUUGACCCCAUAGCUACAGAUUACUACAACUGUGGGAAGUACUUAAGACCACCAAAUGAAAGAGACCAAGAUGUGCACGCCUACCAAAACGUGAUCGUUGGUGUGGUGUCCCAGAAUGCAGAGCCUGAUGAUGCAGAUGACUAUGAGAAUAGUGCAGCUAUACAGAUGUGGAAACAAUCAGAGAUGUCAGAAAGUGCGGAGGAUGAUCAUGAUGAGCCAGACUACGUUAACACUGGCCCGGGAGCCCUGCCAAGCUAAAGGAUACCUUGAAAUCUGAAGAAGCUAUUUGCAAAGCUGUAAUUCCACGUUGAAGGUGGUGACAUGUGCACACGAAGAGAAAGAGGACCUUUGAUCUGCAAGUAUAAUGGAAUAGACUUUUCUCCAAACCAUGCUAAAGACCAUGUGAAGAGUACCACCGAGAUGCUCCUGGAAAGGAACUUAUUGGCUCAAAGGCCCACAAACAUGAAAUUUGAAAAACCAGAAAAACAGCCCAUAUGGAGAAAGCUGUCCUGCUUCUCCAGGGGAUUGUAGCUGGUCAUUGCAGAGCCAAACCAGAGGUUUGUAAUCCUGCCUGGUUUCCCUCCCCCCACACCCACUCUAGGGAGCUGAGGCCUGUCUGCUCAAUGUUUGCUGCUGUCAAGUGUGAAAUGAAUCUUUAAGUCGCUGAGCAGUAAUGCAAUCAACUAUUUAAUUUGUCAAGCUGACUCGUAUUAAAGCAUAUGGAUUAUA